AUGGCUAUGCUUCCUGGGGGACAUUAUAUCGUUGCCUCCGUCACAGACAAUGCGCGAAGUCGAUAUUCGCUCAUCAUCUUUGUGAUGGACUCCACCCUAGCAGGAGCCUGGGUUGUCGCAAGAACUGACACGUUCACCAAAGCUUACCACUUACAAGCGAAAUACAUGACCAUUGGCGGCGAACGCGGAAUAGUUGUGGCGUAUAUCCGCAGGAAUUACAGACGCUUCGAGGAUAUGCAGAGCGGGGUAGAUAUAUCUCAGUACAGCGCCGACCACGAGAUCGAUUCGCCAGUGCCGAUCAAGUAUGAAUGUACCCGGAGUCCUCUCGGAAUUCCGUGUCUUGACGAGAUCUUUGGUUCACCGUAUCUGGCGGUCGCGAAGGACCGCAACAAGAUUGUUUUCAAGAAGUUGGACGGCGGCCCGGCUGCCACGCUGCAUUGCGAACCGACCUUCGUCGGUCCUAUCGAGGAGCAUUCUAUUGCCGCAAUCCGCCUCGUCUCUGUAGAAAACAAGGUUCUUGUGGUACGUAAGGUCAGCCAGGGAGACCCCACUGUCACCGUCGAAUAUUACGACGUUAUUCCUCCGGGCGACGAGAAGGCCGAGGUUCAUGCCAGCUGCACCAACGGCAUAAUCAUUUAUGGUGCGGAUGCGACGUGGGUGAAGAUCUCCGACCAUGGUAUCCCUCCCAGGGAGGACGACAGUGUCGUGCCGGUUCUAUACGGCCGUCCCGAAGCGUAUGCGCCGCGUCCCAUUUCCGUCUUCAUAUACCUGAGCGCCGGCCGAAAACUCCUGCGCCUGUCGAUAUUCCCUGUGCGCGACGAAGACGUACCCCUUCCAUCUCCCUCCUCUGGACCUCUAAGCCACGAUCAGGCAUACGGAGCAUAUACGUAUCCCCUGAAGGCUGACAAAGAGCCCGAUUGGUGGAGCUUUAAGCGCUAUGAGGAGGAAGCGCACGUUUUGGCGGGGUCGUAUCGCUCGAUCGUGUACACCACACCGCUCGGUAACCGGACGGACGCUCCGCCCAUCGUCAAAUUCCAUCGCUACUUCGAUCCGUGGAGCCGCUGGGAGGACCCCCCGGAAGGGGUUGACAUGUCUCAGAAGCACGUCGUGUCUCGGACGUAUGUUCCUGACGGCGUGAGGGAUAUAAAGUCGGUCGCUGCGCUCGCGUGGGACGAGACGAUUGGCCGCCUGUGCGUCGCCGGCGCGGGCUCUCCGACGGUGCACGUCCUGGACUUUGCGGCGUGGCCGGUGUCGCGGGAAACGAGCGGGGGGACAGUGCGGAGGCCUGUUGCCGUGCAGCUCAAUCCGGACCCUGAUGCCGUCCUGGCGCCUCUUCCGGAACUUCCGCCUGAAGAGGACGGGGAGAUCGAGUUGAUGGCUGUGGAUACCACAUGA